CAAAAUAGUUCAAAGUAGGUUUCAUUUUAUUCUUGUCAGUUAUUCCGUGGCACUAGUUUCAUGGUCCAAAGAUAAACACGAAAGCUCUAGAAAACACAUCUGAUGUGUUAUUGGAAAAAUCUGCAAUCUCUUCCAAACACGGACUCCAGCCGAAAGAAAACAGAAAGUCUCCUCACGUGACGACCCGUGGGGAGGAGACCAAUACUUUCCACCGCUUACUUCUGCCGUAUAAAUACACUCCGCACUGUUAUAGAGCAUGUGAAGUGGUGUGAUUCAGGAUCAGCUCACUCAGGAGGAGUAUCCCGCUCUCACAAAACCUCUCAUCCGCAAACAAGGAUUUUGUGUGAAAUGUUUCUCUUUUUUUCUAUGAACUAAAAAACAAAAAAACUUGAAGUUUUUCUUCAUGGAGAAAGUUUUGAAAUUCUAAAGCUGGAUACACAGACACAAACACGCUCAUAUUCAAUUUGAGACUGACUUGGCUCAUUCUUUGCUCUUGGCACUGGUUUGGGCCAUGCCGGACCUGAAGAAGUACCUCACGGAGGGCCUGAUCCAAGUAGCUAUUCUUCUCAGUCUGGCUGGGAAGCGUGUGGACGUGGAUCCCUACCUUGCCCCUUUUAGCGAAAUCAUUCUGGGCCCAAAUUCAGCUCUAACUCGGACUCAAUUCCACAAUCUUGGAAACAUCCUGGAUGGAUAUAACCUGCACCCAAAAAGUGCAGAUCUGGAUGGGUUCUUCACAGCUCGCAGGCUUCUGAAUUGGGUUCGCUCUCUAGACCGCCUGCAGGUGCCGGCGGCGGAGCUGGAAGCCUGGUUGGUCCACAGGGAGCCGGACAAUGGGGUCUCCAUUCCAGCUCAAGUGGGUCUCCUUGAGGAAGGUGGAGGACUUGCAGAUGUGGAGGAACCCUCAGAGCUGAGCAUGAGGUUGGGAAGUGGAGGGGAACUGGGUUAUGACAUAGAUGAGGAUCAAACCCUUAGAGAUUUGGGGCACAUGCCUAGAAGCCUUGACCAUCCAGAAGACGAUGAACCCAUUAAAGAGGACGAAGAUGGUUUGUCUUUCUUCUGGGAGCAGGAACCUCAGCAAAAUGUCCACCAGGAGCAGCUGGAAAAUGCUAGAACUCAAUCUCUCAGCUUGUUUAAUGAGGAAGAAGAGGAAGAUGAUGAAUUUAUGGUGGAUAGCUGGAGAAAUUCAAAUCCAUUUCACAACCAGAUUUUUGGAGAAGAUCUACAGUUGUCAGGUGUAAGGGACGAUGCUUCUCUUUCCAUUGAUGAGUGCUUACCUCGCAUCGAUGCCAACUUCCCCUCAGAAGGAGUUCCAGAGUUGAUGGGUCCUGAUGUACAGAAUGUAGGAGAACAUGCACUUUUGGAGUUUCAGAGGCCACUAAUGUCUCCCUUGUUGCCUGAACAGGAAUCAACAGCUUUAGAGCAACAAUGGCAAGAUGUUUUGGCCAUCAUGGAAUCCCAGGACAUGGAUACAGCCGAAACAAUAGGCGAUUCUCCAUACAGUAACAGUGAUUCAGACGGAAAUAUUGGAUCAAUGGAAAACUUUAUUCAUCAGGCUGUUAGCCUUCACCAAGCCAUGCUGCCAAGAACCACUGAAGCACAAAACAGCAUCACCAUGGAAGAAACAUGUAUUAACAACAACUCUAUGCCCAACAUAAAUUUGGACACUUCUAAUGCAGAAGCUUUUGAAGACUCUGAUAUCAUAGACCUCCUUCUGACUACUGGGGCUAGCCCGCCAAUCCCUAUAGAUCCUUUUUUUGAGGAAGCCAUGCUUGAUGAGAUUGAACGAAUGGAUUUGGCUCUGCAAGAACUUAGCCAGGAACAGUCUGAAGAGCAAAACCCAGUGGAUUCUGACUCUGGUUUAUCACUGGACUACAGUCAAAACCCUGCCUCUCCUAGUGGAUCUGAAUCUUCCAGUUCCUCCUCAUCUUCUUCAUGCUCUUCAUCACUGUUCAGCCCAACCUCUAGUUUGAUGGCCGAGGAAGGCGCUGAGGGCUACACCCAUAUCAAGGAAGAGGACGGAGCUGUGGGCGGGUACAUGCCAGAACAAACCAAAAUGUGUCAAUCAAGCUUUUUGGAAGCCAGCCAGUUCCAUCGCCUUCCUUGGCUCGAGCACAUCGGACACGAUCAUACCUACAACCAACCUCAAACCCAGAGGAAACCUCCACAAGAUCUUUCCAACGAGUUGCCAAAAAACAAAAUGCUGGAUCAUCUUUCCAGCCGCGACGAGAAACGCACACGUUUGAUGAAUAUCCCGUUCUCCAAUGAACGCAUCGUAAACUUACCCGUCGAUGAAUUCAAUCGCUUGCUAGCCAAAUAUCAUCUCAAUGAGGCUCAGCUUACGCUCAUCAGAGACAUCCGCCGCAGGGGUAAAAACAAAAUGGCUGCUCAGAACUGUCGUCGGAGGAAGCUAGAUGUCCUGCUGGGAUUGGAGUGCAGUGUGGAUAGCCUGCGACGCCUCCGGGCUAAACUGCUCAGGGAAAAGUCUGAGAUCUUGCACUCCAUCAGGGAGAUGACGCAGCAUCUUAAUAGCUUGUAUCAAGGGGUUCACGAGAGACUAAGAGAGGAACAGGUACUGCUGUACUCUGACAACAACUUUACUCUGCAGCAAGACAGCAGCAGUCCUGUAACAUCACAGCGCAGAUCAGAUUCACACUCCAGACGCAAACUUAACAAGAGACAAAAACACAAGAAGUGAGAUGGAGGACUCAUGCAAUUAAUAGGCUCAGGAAAAAAGCUCUCUGCUGUGAAGUCCACCAGCUGGUUUUCCACAGGUCAAUGGGAGUUUGAACCAAGUAGGGUAUUGUUACCCAAGUGAUCAUCCUUGAUAAUGUACUGUAUUAUGUAGGCACAUAGUAACACAAAGUUUUGAUGUUAAAGGACCCCAUCAAGUGUUUCCAUGAUCUUUUAUGCUAAAGGCCUGUAUGUACUCCAAAAACCUACUGUAGUGGAUAGCAAAACUGAAGUUUGUUUGCAAGAUGAUGCUCGCCGCUGUUGUCCAUUUCACAUUGUACAGAGGUUUCACUGAGAAGGUGAACAAUUCUCAUUCAAGAAGCUUCACUCUGAUAUAUAACCAUAGGAAAGAACGGUUGAUUACAACUUCUGUUUCAUGUCCAGUUUAUAAACCAAAUUUGGCUACAAGAAUAUAAGGAGUGUCUGAAAUUGUUUCCAAAAUCAGAAAACCAAAAUAAGCCUAGGUAAGAGCAGAAAAUGGUCAAUUAUGCUUGGAAUCCAAGCACUGAAACAAAGUUUUAAUACAUUUUAAUUACUACUAAAGGCCAAAGUAUACCACUUACAGUAGCUGUUUCCAUCCACCUAUUUUUAUCCGUACAAAAAAACAACAACUUUUGAACACAACUGAGUAGGACAAACGUUUUAUGCGAUAAGAAAAAAUUUGCAUAACUUACAAUGUAAACAAAUUUACGGAAUACAUUUCAGCAUGCUCAUCAAAAGUCGUCAUGUGACUUUGCACGAUGGGACAGGAUAACUUGACUAACCAGUGGAUUGAUCUCGUUCUGAAAUGCCAGAGCAAAGUCUGUCAUCAAAGGAUUUCUGUAAAAUAGCCAAACAGCAGCAUCUCCCUCCAAAAGAAAAGACCGCAUUUGUUUAAUCUGCUUACUCUGAGGCGCAACUUAAUAUACGAAAAAUAUAUUUAGUGGCUUUGCCUACUUUUCUUAGUGAUAAGCUAUUUAGUGUCAGAUUAUCAGGAAGUGACGAUUUUGUUCUCUUUGACUUGUUGGAUGGAAACUAUGCUUUAUUCGCAAAUGUUUUAUGAAAUAUUCCAGUUUUGCACAUUAAGUUUAAUUGGAAUCUUUGGAUUGAAACAGCUAGUGUGCGUGAUGCAAAGUUUCUUCACCAAAAUAUAAUGUGCGUACUAUACAUGCAGGUCGCACAUGCACAUUGACUUGGUUUUGCACUAAUCAGUUUUUCCACAAAGUGGCAGCACUGGCCUGGACCGUUGUUUCACAGUAGAAAAUGAAACUGAAGAAAUGGAACAACAAAAUAGCAGAGACUGCAACAACAGACGGCCACAUUUACAAACACUUGAGUGAGUGUCAUACGAGAGCUACAAAAAAAAAAAAGGACAAAGACAUUUUAUCGGUCUUAAGGAGAAAAA